AUGCUGAGCAAAAAGGUACAAGGCUCCGGGAUGUUAACUGUUGCUGCGGGUAUAGACCGUGGAAGAGUCGGGGAACGUCUACAGGCGGCUCUGGCUGGGUUGCAGGAGUUGCAUUUUCUCAAGGAAAAACAAGCGGGCAUGGUUCACUGGGCGCUCCGCAUGGACCGAGAAGAGCCGAUGGAUUCUUGCCCCCUAAACAUAAAUCAAGUCCCGGUGUAUGCUGAGGAGCAGCGACUGGAGGCCACUUUGACAGCGCUCAAGCAACAACUGACGCGUCUGCGCAGGCAGGACGUGGGCCUGAAGACUCAUCUGCAGCAGCUGGACCAGCAGAUCAGUGAGCUGAAACUGGACGUGUGCAAAGCCUCCACCGAGCACCUGGAGAGCGACAGCCGCCCCAGCUCAGGAUUUUACGAGCUCAGCGAUGGCGGCUCCGGCUCCCUGUCCAACUCCUGCACCUCUGUGUACAGUGCCUGCCUCUCCACCUCCUCCCAGACCAAUCUGCACCACCACCAGUCCCUCCUGCACCACCACCCUCCUCUUCCUCCAGCUCAUCCUCAUCCAUCUGCCAAGCCUGGUGCUGCUGCUGCUGCACUGGACGCCUCCCGGCGCCGCUCAGCCGAUGACCCCACGGCCCACGCAGCAGCAGCAGAGCCUCCCAGGGGCUCAGGCAUCCGCCUGGGCAGCAGCAGGAUCCGCACAGGCGUGCCCGGGGCAGAGCGCGGAAGACAAAGGCCCGUGUCCACAGGUGACCUCGACCGGAUGAUUAUACCUGGAGUGGCAUACGCCAAACCAGAGUCCAGACCCUCACCGUUGUGUGGCGGCAACCUGCGCGGCGGCGCCAACGUGGACAGUAAAUUCCAGAGCAACUUGGUGUCCCGCAGUGGCGCAGAGAUGUACCGUUACCCGAGCCCCUUGCAUGCCGUGGCCCUCCAGAGCCCCAUCUUCUAUCUCAGCCCCAACAGCAACAACAACCCCACCUCUGCCUCCUUGCCCCCGGACAACCAGGGGCCACAGGAAGGAACCACAGCCACAGCCAAUGGCCUGGUCGACGCAGAGCUCGUCGGCACCAAAGCAGCCGAGGCCGCCAACGCCGCCGGCACUGCACAGAUCAGGCCGGUCGGCUACAUCCACAAGAUCCUGCAGCGCAGCACGAGUAAACUCAAUAUCCUGACCGAGAGUGGACCAUGCACCACUACAGCCCUGCCGGCGGGUCCGUUGUCCACCGGUACCCCGCACUCUUUAUGGAUAAGUGCAGCGUCACAGGAAGUGGAUAGCAGCAGCAUUAGCAGUAGCAGCAGCCAGUCUGUAAAGAUGCAGAGUCCGAUAUUCUUUCAGGAGAACACCAUGUUGCCAGAUCAGUACAAGAACGCAAAGAUGUAUCAUAAUCAGAAUGUGGGGAACGGUGGACCCACAAGCCUGGGACUAAACAGCAACGCACAUGACACGCCACAACUCGGCCCCUCGGACCACACAAGCUUCACAAGGGAAUCUAAGACAAACAGGACCAUUUCAAAACAAGCAGAGACGGCCGAAGCUCUCGCCAAAUACGAGACACCCGGCAACACGUGCGAGCGUAGCAACGGUCACGAGACCAGGAAGCGUUCGAGCUCCAAGCCACCGGAGAGGAGACCCAAAGUGGCACCAGCUGCGGGGGAGGACCAGUUCGUCCAUGCCCAGUUUGUGCCCGCUGGGACACAGCAGGUCAAGGUCCUGCAGGCGGACCGCAAAACAAAAGCCAUCCGACUGAGAAGACGCAGCUGUGACAAGCCAAGGGGGUCCUCCAAGCACUCUCAGAAGCUCUCCUCCAGAGAUCGGGACAGGGACAGGGACAGGGAGAAGGAGAUGGAGGUCUCUGCUAAAGUGCGAGGAGACAGGAGGUCCUCCAACGUGGAAAGAGGUCACGCAAUACACAACUGCUCAGAGUUCAACAUGCCUGGACACUUCCCCGCGUGUUGCUCCGGCGGUCAGCCUGUCGUUCCAAACAACCAGGCCAUCAAGUAUGGCAAGACCUGCCCACCACACACCCAGUCCAGCCCCGACCGAAGCGCAGAGAGAAGGAGGCAGUUUGCACAGAAAGGCCUGUCUGCCUCAGAGGCUCGCUUGUCCCAGUGUGUGUCAAGCAGCCAGAGAGCCAAGGAGGCCUUCGUCCAGGGCUCUGGCCGGAGGUCUGGAACGAGGCCUCUGUCUGGACACUGGGGCGGUAGUGGAGCUAGUGGCAUUGCUGCCGGUGCCCCUCGUCCCUGCCUCAGACCCUCCAUGUCUGCCUCGUCCUACUUCAACCAGAUGAACGCCAGGUACCCCCCAGCUCCAGCUCCGUCUCGCAGGGGCCCCCACUGCAGCAGCAGCAGCAGCAGCCGCUACCCAGCCCGGUGCGACUCUGUGAUGUCGGAGUACUCUGCCGAGUGCGCCUCCCUCUUCCACUCCACCAUCGCCGAGAGCAGCGAGGGGGAGCUUAGUGACUACACGGCCAACCGCUUCGGGGACAGCGAGUCCAGCCAGGCCAGUAGCCAGACACACACGGACGACUCCGACAGCAGCCUGUCGCUGUACGAGGACGAGCUGGAGGAGGUGGAGGAGGAAGACGAGGAGGAGGAGGAGGGAGGAGGUGUGGAUAGUGGGCUGGUAUGGGCGGAGGCGGCUCUGGGGCCAACGGCUGCUGGACUGCCCCUGACUCAGGCCUCCCAGCCUGAGCCCUUGGCCUGCCGCAUUAAAGCAUCCCGCGCCCUGAAGAAAAAGAUCAGAAGAUUUCAGCCUGCCUCCCUUAAAGUUAUGACUCUUGUGUAAAAGAUUUUUUUCUUUCCUUAUUAUUGUAAUUGUAAGAUACAUAGUUUUAAUCCUGUGAUAAGUGUAUGGUGGGUUUAUUUCACCGAUGUGUAAAGAAAAUGCUAAUGUACAAAAAAUAUAUAUCUUUUUUGUUUCGCAUGAAGAUUUUCCAAAUCUGAUAGUGUAAGCAUUGUUGAUAAAGUAUAUAUCUUUUGUUUUUUCUAAUCAUGACUGUAAAUAACGCUUUUGCACAUACUACAUUUGCAACAUUACA